AUGCUGCCGUCGACAUCGAGGACGCGGGUCAUGGUUGUGUGGGUGCAUUCUGCGUGCCAGCUCUCAUCCUUUUGUUCUCUUCCUUUCUUCUUGUCUUCUUCUUGGAGGGAUUUGGCUAUAAAGUAUCGACUCUGGUUCUCUCUGACGAUGAAGAUGAGCUGCCAGACCAGCAGGCAGAAGCGGAUGAAGACGAAUAUGAAGAUGAAGAACCAGCAGAAGAUGAAGAAGAUGAUGAUGGUAGAGGAGAGGAGAGAUGAAGAUAUCCAGACUGUCCUCUAUGUUGGGCGAGCACAGCCAUAG